AACAACAGCAAAAAAUAGGCUCCUGUCUCCGGGUUGGCUGACAUCCUAUCCAUCUGAAUGUAGCUGGAAACUAAGGUUCCCGGUUCCACUCCUGACAUUCCUGGACGGAUUCGUGUCGACUGCCCAGAGUCCGCGAAUUCAAGUCCGUUCCUCUGUCUCCCUAACGUUAUCAUCAAUCUAUCGUUUCCGAAUAAAAAAGGACCAGCAAGAAGACUGCUCUGUCAAAACCAAGCCGGUGACCGACCAGGGAGAGACUGACCGCACCCAACUGCCAUCAACAUGUCACUGCACCAAUUUCUGCUUGAGCCCAUCACCUGUCAUGCCUGGAACCGGGACAGAACCCAGAUUGCCAUCAGUCCCAACAACCACGAGGUCCACAUCUAUCAGAAGAGUGGAAACCAGUGGGUGAAGAUGCAUGAGCUGAAGGAGCACAAUGGACACAUCACAGGUAUCGACUGGGCUCCUAAGUCCGACCGCAUCGUGACGUGUGGGGCGGAUCGUAAUGCCUAUGUCUGGUCUCUGAAGGACGGGGUCUGGAAGCCCACGCUGGUCAUCCUGAGGAUCAACAGAGCUGCUACCUUCGUCAAGUGGUCUCCUCUGGAGAACAAGUUUGCUGUGGGCAGCGGAGCCAGACUCAUAUCCGUCUGUUACUUCGAGUCUGAUAACGACUGGUGGGUGAGUAAGCACAUCAAGAAGCCGAUCCGUUCCACCGUCCUCAGUCUGGACUGGCAUCCUAACAACGUGCUGCUGGCGGCUGGAUCCUGUGACUUCAAAUGCAGGGUGUUUUCGGCCUACAUCAAGGAAGUAGAGGAGAAGCCGGGCCCCACCCCCUGGGGGUCCAAGAUGCCUUUUGGGGCGGUGCUGGCUGAGUUUGGGGGUGCCGGGGGAGGAGGAUGGGUCCACUCUGUGUCCUUCUCCUCGUCUGGUAACAGACUGGCCUGGGUCUCACACGACUCCACUGUUACUGUGGUGGACGGCACCAAGGGGUCCACUCCGUCUCAGUUGAAGACUGAGUUCCUCCCUCUGCUCAGUGUUCUCUUCAUCUCUGAGAACAGCGUGGUGGCAGCGGGUCAUGAUUGUUGCCCCAUGCUGUUCCGUUGUGAUGACGGAGGGUCCCUGACGUUUGUCUCUAAGCUGGACCUUCCUAAAGCUUCUAUCACUAGAAACAUCUCAGCUAUGGAACGUUUCAGAAACAUGGACAAGAGAGCUACUACAGAGGACCGCAACACGGCCCUGGAGACACUGCACCAGAACUCUAUCACUCAAGUCUCUAUCUAUGAGGGAGACCAGAAGGACUGUCGUAAGUUCUGUACCACGGGCAUCGAUGGAGCCAUGACCAUCUGGGACUUCAAGAGUCUGGAGGCGUCCAUCCAGGGGCUGAGGAUCAUGUGACGGACCAGCUAAACCCCGCCCCCGUUACCCGGACAACCCCCCUCCCCCUCCAAGCGGCCAGUAACAGUCUGACCACGCUAAGAAGUACCUGAUUAAGAAAGCACUGACUACACACACACACACACACACAUACACACACACCCUCUCUGAGCUGACAUGACAUUACCGUUGAUUGUUUGUUUAUGUAAAUGAAGGCUAAAGGGUCAUAGGUCAACUUGACGACCCCACAUCAGUGGUUUUUACUUUAUAAUUAUAAUAAUAAUAACAGGUGUUUUAUCUCUGAAGGGACUACGACACUAAGUUACCAUUUGAAGGAUGUGCUGUGUAGCUGUGCGGCCACAUGGCACAAUAUUCCCUAUAUAGUGCACUACUUUAGACCAGAGUCCUAUAACGGCUAUCCUCUGUAGUGUGUCUCUUAAGGGCCCUGGUCAGGACUAGUUUACUGUAAAGGAACUAGGGUGCUAUUUGGGAUGGUUCCUAUGUCAUUAGAUAGAGGAUGUAUCUACGAUGUGUCUAAUUCAGCUGCAGAAGAAAUAAAGCAUUAACUUAC